CUCUGUUAAUCGUUCUUUACUUCACUGUCAUUUAAAUUGUUCAUCAGCACCUGCUUUAACAGAGAAAUGACGAAGCUCGCCGAAACACCUGCUCCUAUGGAAGUAGACACAAACUCGGAAAAGAUUGACAUGUCCCUGGAUGACAUUAUUGAACUGAAUAAAAGGGAAAACAACUCUACAACAUCUGCAGUAAACAAGACAAAACAACAACAGAAAAGACAAUGGAAUUCACGCCUUCGUAACCCAACAAUUAGGCCAGGACAAGGAAUGCAGCAGAAUGUACAAGCAUCCGGUCGUCCACAGAGAAAUGCAUUUGGAUCACGUGUUGGUAUCAAUCGUUAUUGGCAAACACAGGCUAGAAGUCCCAGAAUUAGACCAGCUGGAAGAAGACCUCCCACAACAUACAAACGACAAAUUGCACCUAUUUGGAAAGGAAAUCCAAGGAUCACACCAGGAAGAGCACAGCAGUCCAGGAAGAACUUCAGACCUAAAAGACAGGGGCCUCCUCAAGUUUUGAAAAGAAGGUGGCAGCAGUGGUCAUCUACCAACUCUAUCCUAACGAUAUCUGUACCCAAUCUGCAGACCAAGCAGCCCCCAGUCCAAAGACUAAGGAGACAACAACCUUUAACUGGUAGAAAGCAAAUGACAAGAAAAAGCGUGAAGAAACAGCCAAAAGGAGUUUAUCUUGGAUUCAACUUUAAGAGUAUAGCCAAUCAGACAAGUUUGACUCUGAAUGAUCGAUUUUCCUCCAUGAAGAUCAUUCCCUGUCAUGCAGUAUCAAGAAGAGGUGGCCGAACCGUCACUAUUGGCUAAUAUUCACUUUUGUUCUCAGGGUAAAAUAUAAGAGAUAGAUUUUAUUUAUUGUUGACAAUGCUGUCUGAUAAAUUUUUAAAUACAAAC